GGAUAUUUUAGGUUGAUAGAAAAGAAGCCCGAAAAAUUGUAAGAAAAGCCCUAAAAGUUGAAAGCCGAACCGAACAAUAGUUGUUAUCUUCUAUUCUAGGUAUUACACCACUGGGAGCAAGCUAGGGUUUAGGUUAUGGAGUACAUAAUAGCAACAAGGGAGAAAUCGGAGUUGAUAGAGCUGACGAUAUCAGCUUAUCGUAUGGGUUUGUCAGGGGAGCACGGAACAUGGCUUGAAUUUCUAAAAUUUUGCGACCCAAGAAAGUCAGAUGUCUUCUGUGAUCCCAUUACACGAAAAGACACUACUUUGAUCCAAUUCCUUACUUCAAUCAUCACCAAAGAAGAUUCUAAGAAAUUGGCUUUGCUUAUGAAUCCCAGCCGUCCCUUGGUUUGCAGCUACUCACACAAAUACCCGAACGAGACAGCUGAGCAGAGACUAGUUCGAAAGACUCUUACACAUGAGGAGUACCCAUUCGACUAUUUGAUCCCGUAUAACUCCAAGGAGUGGGUCCUUACGGGUAUCAUAGGGAGCCCUAUUCGUGAUCCUCUGAACGAUCUCGCACCAAUUAUUUCCUAUUCCUUCCGCUCAAAGAUACCUAUCGGUAUUGCCAUUACCAAAACCGACAUGGUUGCCGUUUGUUGCGAGAAGGCUCUCUGUCAAGAUAACACUGAAGCUGCUGUCAGAGUUGCUGUAGUUGACCGCAAUUUGAAGGUGAUUUUUGAUGAGCUUGUCAAACCAAAUCAGCGGGUUAUUAACCACAGGACUAGUAUUACCGGACUUGAUUCUCUUACUCAAUACGACGCUACUCCUUUGGCAGACAUACAGGAAAAAUUGCUGCGAUUGUUUCCUACGGAAAUUAUAAUGGUCGGUCACCUUUUGAACAAGGAUCUCAAAGCUUUAAAGAUGGAUCAUGCAAGAGUUAUCGAUACCUCACUUUUGUUCAAGUAUGAUUACUCUGGUGGUAUCGGAAAGCUUCCAAGGCCCUCCCUAGAUCAUUUGUGCAAGUCUGUUUUGGGAUACGAAAUGCUGAAAUCUCCGGGCAGGUGUGUUCAUGAAGCUGUAGCUUCAAUGAAACUUGUUCUUGCUAUUCUGGAGCACGGAGCACACACCUCUGUUCCACUACCUGAUGAGAUGUUGAAAACUGAUUGAGUCAAGAUUCUUGCCAAUGCAGAAGUGAACCAUGAAAAGCCAAGUUUGGAAAAGUGAAGAAAAACUCAUAAGAGAACCAUGAAAAGCUCUAUCCUGCCUAUCUGAACUCUUUUACUAUCUCCUAAUUUGCAAUGUUUUUAAACGUGGUUGUAUUAAUGUUUUCCUUAACUUAGUUAUUAUAGCUGUUAGUGGAUUUAAAACGUGAA